AUGUCGCUUACUGAAAUCGAAAAGUUCAAUCAUUUAAUUUCAUGUCUCUCUGAUGAAGCUCUAGGUACUGUGAAGGCUUAUCAACUUACUGAACAGAACUAUUCCAAAGCAAAUUUCAUAUUAUGCGUUGGUCAAAUAAGACGAAGUCCCGACAUCCCAACUGUUCAGAAAACACUUCUCGGUUGGGUUGUGUCUGGUAAAUACAAAAAUUGUAAGACUUCCACCAACAAAUCGUGUCACAUAAGUACAUGGGGUAAUGAUGAAAAUGAUUUGUCUCUUGAUAAAAUUGUUCAGAGAUUUUGGGAAUUGGAAGAAAUUCCCAGAGACACAAAAGUUCUAACUUUAGAACACCAACAAUGUGAAGAGAAAUUUGUUGAAUCAAUUAGACAAUUGCCGUCUGGCAGAUUUGAAGUGUCGCUCCCUUUCAAAGACGAUCCGAGUAAAUUGGGUUGUUCUUUUGACAUAGCCAGAAGACGUUUUCUUUCACUGGAACGUCGCUUAUCAAAAGAUUUGAAAACGAAAGAGAUGUACAAUAAUUGUAUGAAAGAGUACAUUGAGCUGGGACACAUGUCUAUUACAGGCAAUAAAGUACCAAAUUUCCCACAUUAUUUUAUACAACAUCAGUGUGUAUUGCGUCCACAGAGAAUAUCGACGAAACUUCGAGUCGUUUUCGAUGCUUCGUGUAGAACUACAACGCAACUCUCUCUUAACGAUCUAUUAAUGAUUGGACCAACAGUUCAAAAAGAGUUGUAUUCUACACUGAUUCGGUUUCGUCUACAUAAAUAUGCCCUCACUGCUGACAUUUAA